UUGCAAGAGAUGAAACCAUUGGAGGAAAAGAUCUCCUUGAACAUUGGGGGUCUCCGGUUUGAGACCUAUGCCAGCACCCUCCAGGCUUUCCCUGGCACCAGGCUAUGCCGCCUGACGGAGCCCCAGGCAGCCACCACUUUCGACUACGACCCGGACACCAAGGAGUUCUUCUUUGACAGAAGUUCCUGCCUCUUUGAGGAGGUGCUCAACUACUACAGAACCAAAGAGCUGCACUGCCCUGACCUGACCUGCAAGUCGGCCCUGGAUGAGGAGCUGGCCUUCUGGGGUCUCAGCAAUGCCCCCCUGGCACCCUGCUGCUGGCAGAAAUUGGCCAUCGCUGAGAGGCAAAAAGAAGAGUACGGCCUCCGGGAGGAAGACCAAGCGGUGGUUGGGCUCCUGGACCAGGCAGGAAGGAACCAAAGUGCCUGGAGGGGCCGAUGGAGGACCAGAAUCUGGACCAUGUUUGAGAAGCCCUUCUCCAGUUUAAGUGCAAAGGGCUUGGCUGCUGUGUGUCUAUUCUUCAAUAUAGGAGUAUGCUGCCUUUUUAUUGCCAAAGCUUUUGAAGACACCCAUUUUUUGCCUUUUUACAUCCUGGAAAACCAGACCAGCCUUGCUUCACACCUUCACACUGAAGCCGACAGUCCCUUUAACACCAAGACCCCUUACCUCCUUCUCACGGAACUUUUCUGCGUCCUCUGGUUCAUGCUUGAAUUCUUUUCUCGACUCCUUUCCUGCCCAAGGAAGAAGGAAUUCCUUCAAAGCCCACUGAAUGCAGCCGACUUUCUCUCCUUCUUCCCCGUUUACAUUGAACUUUCCUGGUAUAGGCAUCCCGAAAGCCAUCCGGGUUUUGUAUUCUGGCUGGACUUCUUGCGUGCCUUGUACUUCUUCAAACUCUUGAAGGUCCUCAAGCUGGUGGAGACCCCUUUGAUGCUAAGAGUCUUGUCCUAUACCUCCAGGGCCCUCAUCAGGGAGAUCCUCCUGCUCCUCGUGGUUCUACUCUUCGAAAUCCUUUUCUUUGGCUCACUCUGUUAUUUUGUAGACAUCAUUGAAGACAACGCAUACACACCUUUCCUGGAUAUCGGCUCAGCUUUCUGGUGGGCGGUGGUCACCUUGACAACAGUUGGUUAUGGAGACGUGGUACCCCACUCUCCAGUUGGCAAAAUGAUUGGAGCCUGCACAGCCCUAUGUGGCAUCCUGACCAUCAUCAUCCCAAUUCCAUUCUUCUGUAUCAAAUUCCAAGGCUAUUACGAUGCGGUCAUGACCAAAGAGAAGAGAAAGAGGCAAAUGGUCACCUUGCCAUCGUGAUGGCUGGGUGGGAGGCUUCCCGUGUUUCAUCAGAAAAAGACCUGUAUUACCAAACUGCUCCUGCUGCUUUCAUCCUGCCGUGUGUGUCUUCCCGUAGGAAGGGUUAAUGCUUUCAUAAAGCCAGUCUGUUCCUGGAACUUCUCCACCAUGGACAUGAUCACCAUCCCCAUGAAAGUCUUAUUUUCAAAAGGUUUCAAAGUAAUUUUCUAAAAGUUCUUGCUUCCAACUUAGCGGGCAAAUAGCAGCCUCUUUCCCACUACGGACACAAGCUUAUUAAUUUGGAGUCUAUUAGAAAUGUUUGAUCAUGGUGACUUCAUUUCCAGCAAGCAUCCUUGUUGGCUGAGGGUAAGGGGAAAGUGAGGUCAUAUGGCAGACACUGGUAGGGAAGGCUGGCCUGGAUUUGAUCACAAUUGUUAGAGGAAUAUAGCAAUAGCGCUGUGAUGGCAAAACUAUGGCACACCUGCCACAGGUGGCACAUGGAUCCCUCUCUGUGGGCACAUAAGCCAUCACCAC